CUCCAGCCAUCCUACCACAGAAGUCAACCACUGAUAUGGAGAAUAAAUGCAGGGGGUCGUUGAAAAUCCUCAAAGUGUGCUUCAUAAGCAACAGCUCCAACCUGGGCAAGAACUUCAAACUGGUCAAAUGUGAAAGUUCCUGGAAUAUCAGGAAAAUCAUUCAGUCCAUUCUGGACAGCGGGCGCCUUGGUCCCAGCAUCAAGUUUCUGGAAUGCUACGGUCUGCUGCUCAAGCACAUCAAAUCAGACGAGGUUCACUGGCUUCACCCAAACCUGACCAUAGCAGAGGUGGAGCAGAAAUAUGAACAACAACAUGUCGAGGCGGAGUGGAGAUAUGACUUAAGAAUCCGGUACAUUCCUCCUGAUUUCCUGGAGAAGUUAAAAGAAGACAAAACAACUAUGCUCUACUUCUACCAGCAGGUUCGCAGUGACUACAUGAAGCACAGUGCUAGCAGAGUCAGUAAUGGGAUGGCCUUACAGUUGGGCUGCCUUGAGAUCAGGAGAUUUUACAAGGACAUGAAUGCCCAGGGACUGGAGAAAAAAUCCAAUUUGGAGCUGCUGGAGAAAGACGUUGGCCUAGAACUGUUUUUUCCCCGUGAAUUAAUUGAAAGUAUGAAGCCGAAGCAUCUGAGGAAACUGAUCCAGCAAACGUUCCAGCAGUUUGCUUUGCUAAAGGAGGAACAGUGUAUCAUGAAGUUCUUUGAGACAUUAUCAGUCUUUUCAAGUUUUGAUGAGGAAGUUUUUCCUUGUGAGCUUGUGCAAGGUUGGAACGUGUCUGUGGAUCUGGUCAUCGGCCCCAAAGGUAUUCGGCAACGCACAGACAAAUGUUCUAUGCCUGUCUGUCUAGCCACUUUUGCACAAAUUCAGCGUAUUAAGUGCUCUCUUCAAAAUGAUGGCAAGGCACUGUUAAACGUACAUAUUGAAGGAGCUAAACAGCCAUUGUCCAUCAGCACAUCCUCUCUGGCCAUUUCUGAGAACAUGGCUGAUUUAAUCGACGGCUACUGUCGUUUAGAGCAUGGCAAAGAUAUGUCUGUAUUUGUGCAGCCCAGAAAAGAUAGAGAAGCCAGAAUGUCUCUACCUCCUUUGCCCUGCAGCAGUAAGGAAAGUACCAGAUCCGACGGGGAAAGCGAAAGUUCAGAUAUUUAUGCAGAGAUACCAGAAGAUAAACCAGUUUCCAAUAUUGUUCAUAUUUCAGCAGUUAAAUUCAUCCUCUCACGAAACGAUAUUGUCCUCGGAAGAAUUCUGGGAGAAGGUUUCUUUGGUGAGGUCCAUGAUGGAGUCUACAAAAGCAAGACAGGGGAGGGAGUGAAUGUGGCCGUAAAAACAUGCAAGGAUUGUAGGGCUGAUAUCAAGGAGAAGUUCAUGACUGAAGCUUCGAUCAUGAAGAAAUUGGAUCAUCCACACAUUGUGAGACUCAUAGGAGUUAUAGAAGAGGAUCCAGUGUGGAUUGUCAUGGAGCUUUACCAGUAUGGAGAGCUAGGAAAUUACCUGAUGGAGAACCAGCACAAGCUCACUAAUGUCACCCUCAUACUGUACAUUCUGCAGAUCAGUAAAGCUCUGGCUUACUUAGAGGGCAUCAAUAUGGUACACAGAGACAUUGCUGUAAGAAACGUGCUGGUCGCUAAACCAGACUGUGUAAAGUUGGGAGACUUUGGCUUGUCCAGAUAUAUAGAAGAAGAGGAGUAUUAUAAAGCCUCUGUGAGUCGAUUACCCAUCAAAUGGAUGGCUCCAGAGUCCAUCAACUUCAGACGGUUUACCUCGGCAAGUGAUGUCUGGAUGUUCGCUGUGUGUAUGUGGGAGAUCAUGAGUCAAGGCCAGCAGCCAUUCUUCUGGUUGGAGAACAAGGACAUGAUCAACCAGUUGGAGCAGGGGGUUCGUCUACCCAAACCCAAGCAGUGCCCGCCCACAGUGUACUCUCUCAUGACAGGCUGCUGGGCCUACAUCCCUCGUGAGAGACCCAACUUCACUGAACUAGUGUGCAGGCUGAGUGAUCUACACAAAAUAGAGAAGGAAGUUGAGGUGAACCAGCAGAGAGACAGAGCACGCUCAGUGUAUACACUCUCAAGUAUGCCUUUUACUGAUGCUCCGUCUAAGCCAUCAAGAAUGAAAGCAUCAGGCUUUAACACUCUCGGCCCACGGCUACAUUUCCAGGAACGGGGUGUUUUGGAGCCCAGCAGUAAGGAAAAUGCCCAGGAACUGGAGCGACAGCGUGUGCAGGAGACUUUAAAGAGACAGAAACAGGAAAUGCUGGAGGGCUACUAUCUGCUGCAGAAAGAAGAGAAGCUUCUGGAUCCAUUUGCCAAUGAUGACACAAAGGCUAAAAUGAUGUCAAAAAAUGAGACAGGCCAAGCUCAUUUCCAGGGUCCCCCAGAGAAGCCCCCGCAGGUGUCCGCUCAGCGGGCUCCUACUGCAGAACUGGACCGCACAGAUGAUCUGGUCUAUCAUAAUGUCAUGGAGAUGGUGAAGGUGGUGGUACAGCUAAAGAAUGAUGUCAGCACAUUAGCGUCCUCCGAGUACAUAAACGUUGUGAAGUCUGUAGGAAUGACGCUGCGCAGUCUAAUCCACAGUGUGGACGAUAUUCUACCGACUCUGCACAAGUCCAUCAGAUCUGAGAUUGAAGGAACUCAGAAGCUGCUGAAUAAAGAUCUGGCCGAGUUGAUCAGUAAGAUGCGUCUGGCUCAGCAGAACUCCAUCACGUCUCUGAAGGACGAGUGUAAGAAACAGAUGCUGAUGGCUGCUCACACAAUCGCCAUGGACUCCAAGAACCUGCUGGAUGCUGUUGACCAAGCCAGAGUACAAGCUAAUUUAGCCAAACACCUCAUGCCCUAGAUCUGACGUCUGAUUGGAUGCUGCACAGGUGUUUUUAUCCAAUGAGAAGGGUGGAGUCAAUUAAAAUAUGAAUGGCACAACUUGCUUUAUUUAUGCUUAUGAACGAUAAUGAAAGCAGUGCUUUUUGUUGACAUUGUUGUGAAAUUGAGAAUUCUCCUUGUGGUCAUUUUCAUUUUCAAAGUCUGUUUGAUGUCCGCAAAGUUGUACAGUUUUGUCAUUUCAAAGCAUUAUCUAAUUUUUAUACUAAACAUACCUAAAGUAUAUAUUUCUAGAAAAUAAAUGUAACAUUUUAAUAU